AGUACACCUUUGCAUAAGUCCCACUCUGUUUACUGAGAAGGUGGUUUUGCUACCCUUUAGUCCCUCUUCUGACGAUGGUGCAAAGCAAUGAAACUGCAGUGCUGCCAUGGAGGAAAGUCUUCGAACCUUCUCUUUGGCCCAAGGCUAUGCCGUAGGAAUACGAUGCAGGCCAAAAGUUGGCUCUGGAGAGUGGUGAAUCAGAGGAGACCACAGGCAGCAGGUGGCCAAGGCCAUGGCCUCCGACCUGGACUUCUCACCUCCUGAGGUGCCUGAGCCUACUUUCCUGGAGAACCUGCUACGGUACGGACUCUUCCUGGGGGCCAUCUUCCAGCUCAUCUGUGUGCUGGCCAUCAUCGUACCUGUUCCCAAGUCCCACGAGGUGGAGGCAGAGCCCUCUGAGCCCAGAAGCGCGGAGGUGACGAGGAAACCCAAGGCUGUUGCUCUUUCCGCCAGCAAGAGGCCCAAGAAGGAGUCCAAGAAGAAGCGGUAGAAGAGGCCUGCAGAGCUAGGCAGCCGGGGCAGCGGCCUUCCGGGGCAGCCCUCCUGGGACUCAACGCCCUGUUCCCUCAGUUGUCCCAGGGUCAGGGCUGAAGUGGCUGGGCCGCUCUCUGACCACAGAGAUCUGGACAAUCAUGACAGUCCCCAGGCCCCAGCUGGGCAGCCCACCACUUCCUCUUCCUUCUGCUCCCGUGACCGUGCAGAGCCAAGGGGACUAAAACACCCUGUGUACAGAGGCUGGGUAAGAAGUCUGUUCAGAAGUUGGGUCAGCUCAGAGUCACAUUUCCAUACUUCAUUAUUGUGUCCAGCCUUCAGGCCCCCACUUGUGGAUUCACACUACAUUUUAGAGUCGUGAUCUCAGGCUGACGAGCACCGCCCCUCCCGUUCCGCGAGCACCGCAGACCUGCUCAUCAGCCACCUUUGUCCCUGCUGUACGGAUGGAGCCAGGCCAGGCCUGCCCUGUGUGUUUAGGUCAAGACGCCAUGGCCACUGUGCUGUAGGUGGUCCCUCAGGCACAACGGCCAGGCCCGAUGCUGGCGGGAGAGCCUGCGGGAGAGCCGGCCAGGGUCAUGCCUGGUUCUCCUCUGGCAGAUGGAAGGGAUUUGGCUGUAUGACUGCAUGUUCUUGGGCCCAGACUUUCUUAGCCUCUGAAAUGGGGGGCUUGUCCGUCUCAGACCAACCACUUUUCAGCCCACCAUGACACAUUCAGCCUUUUGGCUUCCAUCCGUACACCUCCCCUCUCCCCACCAGUUACUUUAGCCCCAGAACAGCGAGGAAAAGUUCAUCUGGGCAAGUAAACGUCAAUAAACUGCCUCACAUGCUGAA